CCGUCCUUCACCCAAGCGCAUUCCGCCGCCCGCAGGCUUGCGGGGAAACUUCCUUAUUAUUGUGACGCCGAAAUCCGAGAAACCCCGAGCCGGGCCGGUGGCGCUCUUACCGUCGGAAUCCCGAGCGGCGGUGCGGCGGCCGCCAAGAUUUGCCACGCGAGGCGGACCCAUUCUGGCCUGUAGUGCAGAUGCCGAGUGCGUGACCUGUGCCUUUUUAUGCCUUUCCUGAAAGCCUGGAGAGUUCAGAGAGUGAGUCAGAUAGUAGUUAUUCCAGCUGUCUUCUAGGCUGCAUGACUCCCUGAAGGACACAAACCAUGUUAUGCUGGGGAUAUUGGUCUCUGGGCCAGCCUGGGAUCAGCACUAACCUGCAGGGGAUCGUGGCCGAGCCUCAGGUGUGUGGAUUCAUCUCGGACCGAAGCGUCAAGGAGGUGGCCUGCGGUGGAGACCACUCCGUGUUCCUGCUGGAGGAUGGCGAGGUCUACACCUGCGGUCUGAACACCAAGGGGCAGCUGGGCCACGAGAGGGAAGGAAACAAGCCAGAGCAAAUUGGAGCAUUGGCAGAUGAGCACAUUGUCCAUGUGGCGUGUGGCGAGUCCCACAGCCUGGCCCUCAGUGACCGGGGCCAGCUGUUUUCUUGGGGUGCAGGCAGCGAUGGUCAGCUGGGACUCAUGACGACCGAGGAGUCGGUGGCGGUGCCCAGGUUAAUACAGAAGCUGAACCAGCAGACAAUAUUACAAGUUUCCUGUGGCAACUGGCAUUGCUUGGCUCUUGCAGCUGAUGGUCAGUUCUUCACAUGGGGCAAGAACAGCCACGGGCAGCUGGGCCUGGGGAAGGAGUUCCCCUCCCAAGCCAGCCCGCAGAGAGUGAGGUCCCUGGAGGGCAUCCCGCUGGCGCAGGUGGCUGCAGGAGGGGCCCACAGCUUUGCCCUGUCUCUCUCAGGAGCCGUUUUUGGCUGGGGGAUGAAUAACGCAGGGCAGCUGGGGCUCAGUGACGAGGAAGACCGAGAGUCUCCCUGCCAUGUGAAGCUCCUCCGAGCACAAAAAGUCGUCUAUAUCAGCUGUGGAGAAGAACAUACAGCCGUUCUCACAAAAAGUGGAGGUGUGUUUACCUUUGGUGCUGGUUCCUGCGGGCAACUUGGCCAUGAUUCCAUGAACGAUGAGGUGAAUCCGAGAAGAGUUCUGGAGCUGAUGGGCAGUGAAGUCACUCAGAUUGCUUGUGGCAGACAACACACUCUAGCCUUCGUGCCUUCUUCUGGACUCAUCUAUGCAUUCGGCUGUGGAGCAAGAGGUCAACUGGGAACUGGACACACUUGUAACGUGAAGUGCCCAUCUCCUGUGAAGGGUUACUGGGCUGCCCACAGUGGCCAGCUUUCAGCCAGAGCUGAUCGCUUCAAAUAUCAUAUUGUUAAGCAGAUCUUCUCUGGAGGAGACCAAACUUUUGUACUUUGCUCCAAAUAUGAGAAUUCUUCUCCUGCUGUUGACUUCAGGACAAUGAAUCAAGCACAUUACACCAGUUUAAUAAAUGAUGAAACCAUAGCGGUUUGGAGACAAAAACUCGCAGAACACAACAAUGCCAAUACCAUCAAUGGUGUUGUUCAGAUAUUAUCUUCUGCAGCCUGCUGGAAUGGAAGUUUUCUCGAGAAAAAAAUUGAUGAGCAUUUUAAAACAAGUCCCAAAAUCCCUGGGAUUGACCUGAACUCAACUCGAGUGUUAUUUGAGAAGUUAAUGAACUCUCAGCACUCCGUGAUUCUGGAACAGAUCUUAAAUAGCUUUGAAAGCUGCCUGAUUCCUCAGUUGUCGAGUUCGCCGCCAGAUGUCGAAGCCAUGCGAAUCUACUUGAUACUCCCGGAGUUUCCCCUGCUCCAGGAUUCCAAGUAUUACAUAACGCUGACUAUCCCCCUGGCUAUGGCCAUUCUGCGUCUGGAUACAAACCCCAGCAAAGUCUUAGAUAACUGGUGGUCUCAGGUAUGCCCGAAAUAUUUCACGAAGCUGGUAAACCUCUAUAAAGGGGCUGUCGUGUAUCUGCUGAGAGGAAGGAAGACGUUCUUAAUUCCUGUGCUGUUUAACAAUUACAUCACAGCCGCGCUCAGGCUCUUGGAGAAGUUGUACAAGGUCAAUCUUAAAGUGAAGCAUGUGGAGUAUGAUACGUUUUACAUUCCUGAGAUCUCCAGUCUCGUGGACAUCCAGGAAGACUACCUCAUGUGGUUCUUGCAUCAAGCAGGCAUGAAAGCUAGACCAUCUAUAAUACAGGAUACUGUAACACUCUGUUCCUACCCUUUCAUCUUUGAUGCCCAAGCCAAGACCAAAAUGUUACAGACUGAUGCUGAACUGCAGAUGCAGGUGGCGGUCAACGGGGCCAACCUGCAGAAUGUCUUCAUGCUUCUCACCCUGGAGCCUCUGCUGGCCAGAAGCCCCUUCCUGGUCCUUCACGUGCGCAGGAACAACCUUGUUGGGGACGCCCUGCGAGAGCUGAGCAUCCAUUCUGACAUCGAUCUGAAAAAGCCUCUCAAGGUCAUUUUUGAUGGCGAAGAAGCAGUGGAUGCCGGUGGUGUCACAAAGGAGUUCUUCCUUUUACUAUUAAAAGAGCUGUUGAAUCCCAUCUAUGGAAUGUUUACCUACUACCAGGACUCCAAUCUCCUGUGGUUUUCAGAUACGUGUUUUGUAGAGCACAACUGGUUUCACUUGAUUGGCAUAACCUGCGGUCUGGCCAUCUACAACUCCACGGUGGUCGACCUGCACUUCCCGCUGGCGCUCUAUAAGAAGCUCCUGAACGUGCAGCCCGGCCUGGAAGACCUGAAGGAGCUGUCCCCCGCGGAAGGAAGGAGUCUUCAGGAGCUUUUAGAUUACCCCGGGGAAGAUAUCGAGGAGACCUUCUGCCUCAACUUCACGAUUUGUCGCGAAAGCUAUGGCGUCGUUGAGCAGAAGAAGCUGAUACCCGGGGGAGACAGAGUCACCGUGUGCAAGGAGAACAGGCAGGAGUUUGUGGAUGCUUAUGUGAAUUACGUCUUCCAAAUCUCCGUUGGCGAGUGGUACACAGCUUUCUCCAGCGGCUUCCUCAAGGUGUGUGGCGGCAAAGUGCUGGAGCUCUUCCAGCCUUCCGAACUGAGGGCCAUGAUGGUGGGGAACAGCAACUACAACUGGGAGGAACUGGAAGAGACCGCCGUCUACAAGGGUGACUACUCAGCCGCACAUCCCACGGUGAAACUGUUUUGGGAAACAUUUCACGAGUUCCCUUUGGAAAAGAAGAAGAAGUUUCUCCUGUUCCUCACGGGCAGCGACCGGAUUCCCAUCUACGGCAUGGCCAGCCUGCAGAUUGUCAUCCAGUCCACAGCCAGCGGGGAGGACUACUUGCCUGUGGCCCACACGUGCUACAACCUUCUCGACCUGCCCAAGUACAGCAGCAAAGAGGUCCUGCGCGCCCGGCUGACCCAGGCCCUUGACAACUACGAGGGGUUCAGUCUGGCCUGAGGCUCCGCAGCCUGCCCCCCGAUUUCCCUUCCUUCCUCACCGUCCACAUCGAGGCCCAUACCAUACAGAAAAUCAUGGGGAGUGAGUUCUAUUUUUUUAUGGUCCAAGUGGGUUGCAGCUUUGGAAUCCUGAACCCGAUGGGUGAGUGUCUGGGGUGGCAAGCAGUAACCUUUUGGAAAAAUCAGGGGUUGGGGAUGGGGGUGACAGAUGGGCCCUGGAAUGGGAGGUGUUUUUGUUUUUCAGCCAAAUCCCCCAGGUUCCUUGCACUCGUGGCCGUGUUGCACUCUGCUGGAUAAAAUGCCAGUGGAUUUUGACACUCCCGUUUCCCCAGUGUCUCUCUCAGCCCUGAUCUCUCCUCACCAAGCUUCCUUGCCCUUGGCUCCUCCCUUCUCCCUCCUCUGCAAGAGCAAUCAGACCCUCCCGUCCUUGCCCACCUGCACAUGCAGGACGUCCUUCUCUGCAGCCUUGGCAGUGCUCCCAGCUCGUUGCCGCCCAGCCAUAAGGACUAAGGCGGAAAGGACUCCUUCAGAAAUUCCCAAGUCCAGCAGGCUGAAUCGGGAUCCAUUACUCUGGCGGAACUCGUGAGAAUUUGUUGGAGAAUUUAAUUUAAAAAAAAAAAAUCCUUGCUUUAAAAAAAAAAAAAAAAGUUGUCGAGGGACUAGCCGUCUCCCUCUGGCUCUGCCUGUUCCCGGCUCCCCUUAAAGGCGUGCAGAGCCUCUUAGAUUUGCAGCUGAGCCAGAUUUUGUCUGGUUACUCCGCCGAGCCUUUUGACAAUAAGACGAGGUAACAGGCCCCCACCCCCUCCCAUCACUGUGCUUUUGGAGCAAGUUGCGUUCAUUUUUUAAGGAGUAAUUCCUCCCAGAAAAGUAGAAAUAAUAAAUUUCUUAUCCUGUUCCCUGUCACUUCCUGCCUCUACCACUGUCCCCCCCCCCUUCUCUCUUCCCCUCAUCCCAUUCUUGGUGACCUGACUCUGUCCCCUUCCUCUCCGCUCCUUCUAGUGGAUGCAUGCGGUCUGCUUUAGUUUUUAUUUCUAUUUAAAUUGCAAAAUUUCUACUCAGAUUUUUUUUUUUUCUCCUCUUCCCUAACGGUUAAGACUCAAGGACAUUCUUUAUUAUGGAACUUUUGUUUUAUUGCAUUUGAAAUGUUUGUUUACAGUGGGAUUUCGGAGGGGGGGAUUGUGUUUAAAGCAAAUAUAUGUAUUUCAAGAAUCAUGACAUGCUCACCUUCUUCACCACGGAUAAGAACAUGCUACAUGAGCAAAGAAUCUAUGUCCGCCUAAUUCCUAGUCACUAGAGAAGAGACUUAUUUAUAUAAAACGAAGUAUUUAUGAACCGUGAGACAGCAUCAAAUCUCAAUGAAGGAUUGUAGAUUUUGGCUUUUUCUUUUUGUUUUUAAAACUUAUUCCAAUUGCUAAAUUGGUAGUUUUUCAGUCUUUAUAAUACAAGAUUAAAAAAAAAGAUAUACUGUUAUACGAAAUGUUUAUUUUCUAUGUGUGUGCAUAUAGUUCACUAUUAUGCAAUAAAUUUGGUGUUUUAACGUAA